AUGAGUCUCAAAGCUUAUCCUAUUCUUUAUAUAAAUCUUGUGGGUGAAAUGAUAUAUAUAUUGGAGCAAAGGCUAAAGCAAAUGGAUCACGAAAAAAGUAUUAAAGUUAUAAAUGAUAUUGUGGAUGCUGUAUUCUCUAAGGAACGUCUCAAUGACAUAUUCCAACCGUGUACUAUACCAUCACGAGCUACAUUACGUAAGACAUUUGAUGAUCUAGCACAUGUAAGCUGUAUGAAACUAACUGAUGCCAGCAUGGAUAAGCUGUUUGAUCUGAUGACAAUGACAUCCAAGUUUCAGACACUCAGCAUCGUCUAUCCCGAGCAGAUGCUUGUAGUAGCACUGAAUCAUAUUCGAGGAAUCAAACUGAUUGUCAGUCCAAAUCAAGAUGUUGCCGGAAUAACAGAUGUUCACACUAGGCUUUUAUCCUUAUAUCGUCCAUCGCCACCGUGGGAAUGGCUAUUAAUAAGAAAUGAACUUCUAUUCUAUUAUCAAGAUUGCAAAACGAAAAUAUCGUUGCUCAUGCGACAGGAUAGACAAUGUGACGAUGGCACAUUCCGUACUCGUUUAGCUAAUGAGCCAUAUUGGCUUCAAGCCGGUGAUACUAUACCAGGUGUUGUUAACUAUUAUGAUGAUGAUGGUAAUGUUUAUCGACGAGAUGAGCCAGGCGAUUCUAGAUGGAAAGCAAAACCGAAGAACUUUGGUUUCAUUAAGUAUGCUGAUGAUUACGAUCUUCCCGCUAUUGAGCGAUCAACAAAUCUCGGUGACAAUCUGUUUGCAAAUGGUACUACACUUGAUUUCCAGCAAUCAACUGAGAAAGUCAAGAAAGAGCCAAUGCCACACGGAGACGAACUUAAACUGCUUGAAAGCAUAUUUGGCCGAUCAUCGAAGAUUAAAGAUUCCGAAUCAUCAGAUGAAGCUAUUCAACUGAUAACGCUGAAUGUUUUUGAUGAAGACAUCAAUGAUAUAUCAAUGAAGUCGACCUUUGCUGAGACUAAUUCCAUUAUAGAAAAUAACAUUAAGAAGAUUGAUGCUUCUAGGAAUAAGAAAAGCUUGGAUGCCAUUAUGAGUGAGAUGAAACUAGAUGAAAGGCCAUUAACUAAAGCAAGUAAAAGACCCAGAGGAACAGAUAUUCUUAGUAUGAUGGAUGAAGCUGCUAACAGACCAGCAACAGGCCAUAAGAGGAUUGAGCCAUCGAUGACAUACAGAGGACGACAGUUCAAUCGACAUGAAGACGAUAACAUCCGAGCUAAUAGUAUAGCUCCAUCAUCUCGACUUCCAACUGCCAAAAGUCGUCCAAGCUCAAUAGAGCCAAGAACGCGUGUGGGAGCCAAUGAUGAUAUAGUUCGCUCUCCCAGUAUAAGUCUGAAUAUUACGACUAGACCUCAAUGGAAUGCUAUAUACGGUAAAGGAUAG